AUGUUCUCCGACCCAGUUAAAAGGAUAAACACUGGCGCCGACCUUGCCAAUUUCAGAAGGUCCCAAGCCUUACUGAGAAUACAGGAGACUCUCUUCAGCACCAUUGAAAAAAUUAAGCUGGUGCCGGUUCCCCUGGGUAUACUCCAAGCAGCAAUUAUUACCAAGGGCUCUACUGAAGAAUUGAUUCAUGUUCAGCUGCCAUCCACAGAGUACCAAGACACUGUGAAUAAGUUCAGCAAACCCAUCCAAGGGUUGAUGGCGGUUCUUGACCAUCUAGAUCACUUAUUGACAGAAACUCCUCCAGCUAAGGGCCCUCGUCGUUUCGGCAACUUGGAGUGUCGCAAGUGGCAUGAUAAGGUAUCCUCAUCUCUUGAUGAAGCUCUUAGAACGCAUUUAUACCCCUACUAUAGCGGAAAGGAUCCAGAUGGGUUUUUCUCCGAGGCCAAAUGUUACUUGGCUAAUGCAUUUGGUCUGAAGAUGAGACUUGACUAUGGCACCGGACAUGAGCUUCUGUAUAUGGCAUUCGUGGGGGCGUUGGUUAGAAAUGGAGUAAUCGAUUGGUCUUCGGUGCUGGCGGAGGAAGUGAUAUCCAUUUAUUCUCGAUACUUUGACGUUGCGCGUCGCUUGAUCCUUGUAUAUAACCUAGAGCCUGCUGGUCUGCAUGGUGUGUGGGGCUUAGAUGAUCAUUUCCACUUGAUGUAUAUUCUUGGUGCUGCUCAAUUCGUUGACAAUCGCAGUGCUCCUCUGGUAUCGCAGGUACUUCAGCUGCAAGUCAUCUCGCGAUUUCGGUUACUGAAUCUCUACGUCAACGCAGUUGGAUUUAUUUAUACCAUCAAGCUGGGCCCAUUUAACGAACAUCUGCCAAUUGUUUAUGAUAUCCACAGUACAGUGACAUUGUGGUCAAAAGUGCUUCAGGGAUUAGUGCGAAUGUAUGAGGCGGAGGUUAUCAGCAAAUUUCCUGUCGUACAGCAUUUCUGGUUUGGUGGGGAAUUGUACCCUUGGAAAGACCAGCUGGGGUCCGCCUUGCCGCAAAGUGAGGCAAUCGAGUCAUCUGAAACGGGAAUGCCUCCGUCUAUAAACGUUCAUACCACGCGGAAUAAUAUUUCCAUGACGGGGGCUCCAUGGGCUCGACGUUAA